CAUACAUUUAUAUUUAUUCAGUUAACUUAAAUCUUCUCAACGACACUCAUAUAUUUAUUGCAUACCACAAAAACUUUUUUUUCUUUUCCAUGAAUUUAAUUGUUGCGAGAAUCGAUUACCAGUUAUUAGAUAUUUAAAUUAUGUACUAACAUAUAUAUAUAUAUAUAAUAUAUUAAGUACACGGUGCAUUUGCUAAUUGACAGACGAUUAAAUAAACAAAUAAUUAAAAAUGCGAAUUGUGACUUUGCAUUAAAACAAAUAAAUUUUCUAACCUAAAUUUGAAUAUUUGAAUUUUGAAAUUCAAAUUUAAAUUUAAAAAAACAUAAGAAGGGUGCUAUUAAAAUGAAGUAUUUAUUGUUUGUUUGGUAAUUAUGAUUGUUAACAAGCUGUCAAGGGUUUUGUUUAUUAAUUAAUUUGAAUAAUAAGAAUAAAAAUAAUAAGUGGAUUUGUCGCUGGGUUAAAUGAUACCGAAAAAAUUAUUUAAUAAUUUGACAAUUGUUAGUUUUUUAUGUCGGUAUGCUCAUACAACAAAUAUAUAUCAACAAUCAAAGUCAUUUUUCAGAUAUUUAUGACAGAUUUAUCACUGCGACAUUUUGUUGGAAGACGCAGAUGUUUAUCUCGAGUUAAAAUACUCAGCUACUCAACGUUUAAUUAUAAUCACAACCACAAUCAUAAUCAUAAUCAUAGUCAUAGUCGUAGUCAUAAAUACAUAAAUAAUAAUAACAAUAAUUUAUUGGAAGACGCAAAAGAGAACAAUAAUUUAAAUAGACGACACUGUAAGUCGAAACGCAACAAAGACAUGGAGCCUUACGCGGAUGCUGAGUUAGAGGACGGCAGUGCGUGUACUCCAGCACAAGAUAUACCGGAACCUCUUUCCAGUGAAUUUAUCAAAGAGGUUACCAAGGAUUUGAAUAAACUACCACUUAAAUUUCGAUAUGGCAUCAGCCAGAAGAGAUACAAAGAUUACCGGCAAUGGAAAUCUGUUUCAGGAACGGAACCGAUUAAUACAGAGACGGAUUUUUCAUUUAAAAUAUUGUCUUAUAAUAUACUCGCACAAAAUUUAUUAGAAUCUCACUAUUAUUUAUACAAAAGCCAUCAAAAAAAUGCAUUAGAUUGGGGAAUAAGAAAAUUGCUGGUUCAAAAAGAAAUAAUUGAAUCGGAAGCUAGUGUGAUAUGUAUACAAGAAAUGCAAGUGGAUCAUUUGCAAGAAUUUCUAGUACCUUUUAUCGAACAGGGUUUCGAUUAUUUAUACAAAAAACGUACAAAUGACACCCGAGAUGGUCUGCUGCUCCUGUACCGGCCGAGUCUCUUCAAGCUGGAAGACUACGUCUAUGUUGAGUAUCACCAGACCUUUGAGGACAUCCUCAAUCGCGACAAUGUCGGGGUCGUUGUAAAGUUUUCUUUAGUUGAAAGCCCAGAAACUCGGGUCGUUAUUUCUACUACUCAUUUGCUGUAUAAUCCUAAGAGGAAUGACGUAAGAUUAGCUCAGACUCAAAUUCUCUUUGCUGAGCUAGAUAGAAUUGCGUUUAUCAGAAAUACUGCAAAUGGACCUGAAUAUCAUCCAAUAAUAAUUUGUGGUGAUUUUAAUUUCCAACCAUUUACUGGAGUAUAUAAAUUUAUAACAGAAGGUUCAUUUAAUUACGUCGGCAAAGGGCAUAAAUUAGACGAAAGUGGAUUUAGACGUUUGUCAAAUUCACUGAUACCUUCAUCGCUGCUUGUUACUGACAAUUGUCAGCAUUUUAAUGUCGUGACCAAACGAUUUCGCGGUCAUGGGGAUGAAAAAAUUAUGCUGUACCGCAAUGAAGAUCGAAAUCAUCGAGUAAGAGACCCCGGUAACUUUACAAAUGAAGUAGACCCCGAGUCUUACGACUACCAGAAGGUUCAGAUAGUAGACGGUCAGUAUGCGCACUUUUCAUCUGGCGCGCUGCAGCACGCGUUCAAACUCAACAGCGUGUACCAGCACGCGGACCCGCGGGGCGAGAUGGAGGCGACGACCAAUCAGGGGGAGUGGAUCACAGUCGACUAUAUUUUUUACACAGAUGUCGAGGUGACCAGCAAGUACUCGCUGCCUACAGUCCGCGAGUGCGAAACGCUGCCGCUGAUUCCAAAUUUUGUGGUCGGCAGCGACCAUCUGUGUCUUGGCGCGACAUUUAAAUUGAAAAAAAAACCCAUCGCCAGAUGAAAAUUUUUUUUUUUGAUUUGUCUUUGGUUCGUCUAUUGAUUUUAAAUUGUUAGAGUUCGAUUUGAUAAAAUAAAUAAAUAUAUAUUUUCAAAAAUAUUUUUAUUGGUUAUUGAGAUUAAAACCUGGGGCUGGAGACCGUGGGAAAUUUUUUGAUUAAAAAAUGAUUAGCAGAAAAAUUUUUAUUUAACUAUUAAAGUGAUAAAUUGUUUACAUAUUUAUAUAUUUAGUCUAGCCUAUAUUUUAUUAUUUAUUAAUUAAUUAAUA